UGUAAAUUUGCUUGAAGUAAUUUAUCUAAAUAUAUAUUGCAGGCAUAUAUGUAUGGAUUCUUCAAGAACAAGAGAAUUGUGCUUUAUGACACAUUAAUUCAACAGUGCAAAAAUGAUGAGGAAAUUGUUGCUGUUAUUGCCCAUGAGUUGGGACACUGGAAGCUCAACCAUACUGUGUACACGUUUGUUGCUAUGCAGGUUCUUACACUUCUGCAAUUUGGAGGAUAUACUCUGGUGCGAAAUUCAACUGAUCUAUUUCGAAGUUUUGGGUUUGAUACACAGCCAGUCCUCAUUGGGCUCAUCUUAUUUCAGCAUACUGUAAUCCCCCUACAGCAAUUGGUCAGCUUUGGUCUGAACCUUGUGAGCAGAUCAUUUGAAUUUCAGGCUGAUGCCUUUGCUAAGAAGCUUGGAUACGCCUCUGAACUACGGUCUGGUCUUGUGAAACUACAGGUGACAUUUUAUUAUCAAUACUUGCAUAUGAUUGAAGCUACUUCUUUCUACUCGAUCUUUACACUUCUUUAAUUUUUACAUAUUUCA